AUGCACCGCUCCCUACUACACCUCACGUCACUACACCUUCCCUCACUGCACUUCUCCUCACCUGCCUCAUCCUUCACCAUCCCUCCCUGGCUCACCUCACAUCACCUCUUCUCACCACAACUCGCCUCUCCACACCAGCCUCAUUCCCUCCUCGCCUUGCCUCACCUCACGUCACGUCCCAUCACGUCACGUCACCUGCCUCAUCCCACAGCACUUCACACCAACACAUCUCACAUCACCUGCCUCACCCACACCCGCACUGACGAGAAGAAAGUCAAGAAGAAGAAGAAGAAGGAGGAGGAGCCCGCGCCUGCUGCUGCCCCCCGAAGGACCACUCCUCCUCCUGAGCCUGAGCCCCCCGCGCCCGCGCCCACUCCCGUCUCGUCCAAGCCCUCCUCAAGAAAGACCUCCUCCCGCCGGGCCAAGAAAACUGGGUCUAAUGUGUUCGACAUGUUCACGCAGUUCCAGGUCGCGGAGUUCAAGGAGGGCUUCCAAAUGAUGGACAAGGACAAGGACGGCAUCCUGGGCAAGUCUGAUCUGCGGCAGGUAUUCGACCAAGUGGGGCGAAUUGCGACAGACAAAGACUUGGACGAGAUGCUUAACGAGUCUCCUAGCCCGAUCAAUUUCACCAUGCUGCUGCAGAUGUUUGCCGAACGCAACAGCGGCACGUCAGACGAGGACACCGUGGUGGCAGCAGCCUUCAACGCCUUCAGCAACGACGGCUGGAUUGACGGCGAAAUGUUCCGCCACGCACUGAUGACGUGGGGCGACAAGUACUCGGCGCAAGAGGUGGACGAUGCCUUCGACCAGUUCGACAUGGAUGACCGAGGUUUCAUCGACACGGCGGCGGUGAUCGAGAUGCUGACGGGCAAGAGUGAUAUGGAUGGGGAGGCGCAGGCUUGAGCUGAGGACUGCCUCGUUUACUUUGUCGAGUGGCAUCCCGUUUUCUUCGCCUCCCCUCGUUUUCUCCUCUCCCUCCCUGCCCCUCUCCCCUCCUCCCUCGCCUCCAAGAAUGGCUCCUUCGCUCCCCUAACCUCCCCUUUCUCCUCCCCCUCCCUCCCUCCCCUCCCCUAAUCCCCCUUAUCUCACUCCCUCCCCUUAGUCCCCCCCUUAUCACCCUUCCUCCCUCCCCUACCCUUUCACAGCCCUUACUUGGCAGCUUCACACACACACCACUCACACCAAAAAUUUUCUUAAAACGUUCACGGGUUUUCAUACGUUCAUAUGAUCUUUUAUGUUUACACGUGUUGACCCCAAUUACGUACAAAGCUACACGUACAUGCAUGAUUGUAAACAAGUACUUGAAAUAAUUUACACGGGAACAUUGAACAUACACGGCUACCCUAAAAAUUCGUACACCACCACCCCCCCUUCCUUACACACUGAGGUUUAUAACACACACCUUUAAGACAGUGUUGGGUUGUCAUAGCAGGCGAGCCAAUCCUUUACUUGUUCCUGCAGCGACGCAACGCAACAGUUCUUCGGAGGUUCAAUUUGGUCAUCCUUCCCCAGCAGCCUCACUACGGCAACACAACCCUCGUGAACCUGUCGAAUAAAAUGAGAAAUCUA